AUGUAUGAAGGGAAACAUAUACACUUCUCUGAGGUUGACAAUAAGCCCUUGUGCUCAUAUAGCCCCAAACUGUGCAAGCAGCGGCGACUCAACGGCUACGCUUUCUGUAUCAGACACGUUCUGGAGGACAAGACUGCCCCCUUCAAGCAAUGUGAAUAUGUGGCCAAGUAUAACAGCCAGCGCUGCACCAACCCCAUCCCCAAAUCAGAGGAUCGCAGGUACUGCAACAGCCACUUGCAGGUACUUGGCUUUAUCCCGAAAAAAGAGAGGAAGAAAAAGAGCGAUCCCAUAGAAGAGGUGAAGGUCAGGCACCAGAUGGAUACCAUGGCCUUCAGCCUGACGGUGCCCACGUUGGCCUUGAAGAUGCCCAACGGACUGGAUGGAAUGUCCCUCUCGCCACCGGGGGCCAGGGUCCCUCUCCACUACCUGGAUACCGAGUUGGAAGACCCAUUUGCUUUCAACGAGGAAGAUGAUGACCUAAAGAAAGGGGCAACCGUGAGGAAGAAGCUGCAGAGCAAGUUGGCCCAGAAUCGCCAGCGCCAGAGAGAGACAGAGAUUUUAAAAGUUCGGCAAGAGCACUUUAGUCCCCCUCCUGCCCCUUCCCAGCAGCAGCCUCCGCAGCAGCACUCCAGCCUGUCCCCUCUGUCCGCGCCUGUCAAACCUCCAGCGCCACCGCAGGGCUUAGUCUGCAAGUCACCUCAGCCUCCGAACACCAGCCUACCACUGCAGGGAGUGGCCCCCACCACACACUCUAUAGCACAAGCCAGGCCGCUGUCCCACAAGAGGCCUCUGCCCCUCCUGCCAUCCAGUAGGGCUCCUGUCCUGGACCCGCCCAGGACUGACCGGGUCCUUAUGAAAGCCACCGCCUUCUCUCCUCACUUCUCUUGUAUAAGUCGCCUGCAGAGACUGGUGAAACUGUGCACUCAGAAGCAUCAGUUGGACACUGAUCUGUUUCCCCACUUAGGGUUGGACUGGUCUGAAGAGAGCGGAGAGGAGCUGGAGGACUCGGAGCAGGCCUCGCCAUACCAAGUCGCAUGGUCCAUCCGAGAAACCCUCAGAUACGAAAGACACACGUCAGGUGACGAUGACACGGAGAGCAGGAGCUCCAGGGUGACCCAACUUUGCACUUACUUUCAGCAGAAAUACAAGCACCUCUGCCGCCUGGAGCGGGCAGAAUCCCGGCAAAAGAAGUGCCGGCACACGUUUAGGAAAGCCUUGCUGCAGGCGGCCAGUCGAGAGCCAGAGUGCACUGGUCAGCUGAUCCAGGAGCUGCGGAGAGCUGCGUGCCACCGCACCAGCAUUAGCCGGACCAAGUUGAGGGAGGUGGAACCAGCAGCAUGCAGUGGCAUGGUAAAGGGUGAGCAGUGCACCAACAAAGCCCUUCCAUUCACCAGACAUUGUUUCCAACACAUCCUCUUGAACCGCUCUCAGCAGCUCUUCUCAAGUUGCACGGCCAAGUUUGCAGAUGGACAGCAGUGCUCUGUGCCUGUUUUUGACAUCACACACCAGACACCUCUGUGUGAGGAACAUGCCAAAAAAAUGGAUAAUUUCUUGAGAGGAGAUAGCUCCCGGAAAGUUCAGCACCAGCAGCAGAGGAAACCCAGGAAAAAAACCAAGCCUCCUGCACUUACCAAAAAACACAAGAAGAAGCGAAGGCGUGGACCUCGUCGACCCCAAAAGCCCAUUCCCCCUGCAGUCCCCCAAGGGAACCUCAGCAUGCCCACCAGCGUCUCACUGCCAGUGGAGGCCUCUCAGAUCCGGAGCCCGUCCACGCCAGAGCUGAGUGCUGAUGAGUUGCCGGACGACAUUGCCAAUGAGAUCACUGACAUUCCGCACGACUUGGAAUUGAACCACGAGGACUUCUCAGACGUCCUGCCACGGCUGCCUGAUGACUUACAGGAUUUUGAUUUUUUUGAAGGAAAGAACGGAGACCUCCUCCCAACGACCGAAGAGGCCGAGGAGCUUGAGCGGGCCUUGCAGGCUGUGACUUCUCUCGAGUGCCUGAGCACCAUCGGGGUGCUCACCCAGUCAGACGGCGUGCCGGGCCAGGAGCUGUCGGAGAGAGGAAUAGGAGUGUUCGCUGCAGGUACCGGAGAGCCAGGAAUCCAGUCCCUGAGCCGCGAGGUGAACACGGACCUGGGGGAGCUGUUGAACGGGCGCAUCGUCCCUGAUAAUUUCUCUAGCCUGGAGCUGGACGAGAACCUGCUCCGCUCUGCUACCUUGUCCGACCCACCCACACCCCUGGCAGGGCAGAUCCAGGGGCAGUUCUCUGCCCCCGCCAGCGUCGGCCUUACUUCUGCCUCUCUGAUCAGCCAGAGUGCCCUCGGGGAGAGAGCCUUCCCAGGACAGUUCCACGGACUUCACGACGGCAGCCAUGCCUCCCAGAGGCCACUCCCUGCCCAGCUGCUGAGCAAGGCAGACGACCUAAUCACCUCACGACAGCAAUACAGCAGUGACCAUUCGCACUCCUCGCCCCACGGAAGCCAUUACGACAGUGAGCACGUGCCGUCCCCCUACAGUGACCACAUCGCCUCUCCCCACGCAGCAUCUUUCCCCGGCGAUGCCAUGGCAGCUACCUUCUCGGCAGAGAUGCCUAUCAUGGCCCAGCACUUGCUCCCAACCCAACUCGAGGUGCCACUCGGAGGCGUCGUGAACCCCAGAACUCACUGGGGCAAUCUCCCCGUCAACCUUGGGGAUCACUCUCCAUUUAGCAACCUCCUCGACGCAGAUGGGCAUCUUCUUUCCACGUCCCUGUCCACGCCGCCCACCACUUCGAACUCAGAGACCACACAGCCUGCCUUCGCCACCGCGACCCCCAGCAGCUCCAGCGUGCUCCCGGGGUUGCCGCAGACCAGCUUCAGUGGCAUGGGGCCCUCCGCCGAGCUCCUGGCCUCCACCUCCCCCAAGCAGCAGCUCCCUCAGUUCAGUGCAGCCUUCGGCCACCAGCUGAGUUCUCACAGUGGCAUUCCCAAGGACCUGCAGCCCAGCCACAGCUCUAUAGCGCCUCCUACAGGCUUCACAGUAACAGGUGCCACAGCUACAAGUACCAAUAAUGCAUCUUCUCCUUUUACCUCCCCUAACUGA